CAGUAAUUGUUGGGACAAACCCUCGCAAACGCUCAUCGCCAUGUCUCCCGCCGCCGCCGCCGCCGCCGCCGCCGCAGCAGCCGCCGUGGCCGCGGCGUCUUCUCGCUUAUCUCCGCCCCACCUCCGCAUCUCCCCUUCGGUCUCUCCCUCCAUCCUAGCCUCCUCCUCCGCUCCGCGCCGCGUACGCCUCCCCCCCGGCCCCCGCCGCGGCGCCGCGGCGGCGGCGGCGGCGGGAGGCGGCGCCGCCGCCGGAGGCCCCGCGAGGGUCCUCCUCGAGGUGCGGGAUCUCAAGGCCGUGGUCAAGGAGUCGGGGAAGGAGCUCCUCCAUGGAGUCGACCUCACCAUCAACGAGGGAGAGGUUCAUGCCAUUAUGGGCAGGAACGGUUCCGGAAAGAGCACCUUGUCUAAGGUUCUUGUCGGCCAUCCUGAUUAUGAAGUAACUGGAGGUACUGUUCUCUUUAAAGGUGAGAGCUUGCUGGAAAAAGAACCAGAGGAAAGAUCUCUUGCAGGACUUUUCAUGAGUUUCCAAACACCUAUUGAGAUACCAGGUGUGAGCAACUAUGAUUUUCUGCUCAUGGCCCUUAAUGCACGACGAGAGAAGCAAGGUUUACCUGCACUUGGGCCUAUUGAGUUCUAUCCAUACUUGUCUUCCAAAGUCACUGCUUUAAAAAUGGACCCGAAAUUUCUAGACAGAAAUGUCAAUGAAGGGUUUAGUGGAGGGGAAAAGAAGCGGAAUGAAAUUUUGCAACUUGCGGUUCUCGAGGCAGAUUUGGCUAUUCUAGACGAAAUUGAUUCGGGUUUAGAUGUUGAUGCACUCGAAGAUGUAGCAAAUACCGUGAAUGGGCUCCUAAAACCUGGCAAUUCUAUUUUGAUGAUUACUCACUAUCAGCGUCUGUUGGAUUACAUCAAGCCCACCUUCGUUCAUAUAAUGGAAGAGGGGAAAAUCGUUAGGACUGGUGAUAUUUCGCUGGCUAAGCAACUGGAAAAGGGAGGCUACAAAGCGAUCUCCGGCGUUAGCUAAGAAGAUCGCAACCACUUAAAUGUUUUUUCUUUCGACUUUUUUUUUUUUUCAUUUAUUUUCUGUAAUUCUAUCAGCAAAAACUGUGGUGUAAUUUUUCUCCUGUCUCUUUGUAAAGAGGAUUGCAAAAUUUUGGCAAUUAAAGGAAUAGAAUUAUCAAAGAUUGCAAACAUUUGGCAAA